AUGAAGAAAAAUAUACAAUGUUUGAAUAUUUUUUAUAAAACCAAAUGGAGAAACAUACACAACAGUAGUAUUGUGAGGUCAAAAGAAAAUAUGAAUCUUCAAAAAAUAUAUACAGGAGAAAAACAAAAUUUUAACAAAGUAUCCUUUAAGAAAGAGAAAAUAGAAGAUGUGAUUAAAGAAGUAAAGUUUGAUUAUUAUUAUUUUAAUGAAGGGAAAAAAAAUAAAUACAAAGAUAUCCCAUUAAAUAUAUCUAUAAUUAAUGAAUCUGAUUUCCCACCAUUUAAGGCAGUUGAUGAAAAACUUCAUUUCUCAGUUUUAGAAAAUGAUUUGAAAAUUAUAUCAACCAAUAGAAACAAUAGUGUGUGUUCGAUAGGUUUGUAUGUAAAGUGCGGUUCCAGGUACGAAGAAAUAAACGACAAAGUAAAUGAACAAGGUAUGAGCGUAAUGCUUGAGAAUAUGGCUUUUCAUAGUACGGCACAUUUAUCUCAUUUAAGAACUAUAAAAUCACUUGAAAAAAUAGGAGCUACUGUUAGUUGUAAUGCCUUUCGUGAGCAUAUGGUUUAUAGUUGUGAAUGUUUAAAAGAAUAUUUACCUAUUGUUACUAAUUUAAUAAUUGGUAAUGUAUUAUUUCCAAGAUUUUUAUCAUGGGAAAUGAAAAACAAUGUAAACCGUUUAAAUUUAAUGCGUGAGAAAUUAUUUGAAAAUAAUGAAUUAUAUAUAACCGAAUUAUUACAUAAUACAGCAUGGUAUAAUAAUACCUUAGGUAAUAAAUUAUAUGUAUAUGAAUCUAGUAUUGAAAAUUAUACAUCAGAAAAUUUAAGGAAUUUUAUGUUGAAACAUUUCUCACCAAAAAAUAUGACAUUGAUAGGUGUUAAUGUGGAACAUGACGAACUAACCAAAUGGACCUCUAGAGCUUUUCAAGAUUAUGUUCCUAUACCUUAUACAAAUCAAAAAGAAAUAACACCCAAAUAUACAGGUGGAUUUAUAAGUGUAGAAGAUAAAAAUGUGAAAAAAACAAAUAUUGCCAUUGCUUAUGAAACACAAGGUGGUUGGAAAAAUUCUGAUAUGAUUACCUUAACAGUAUUACAAACAUUAAUGGGUGGUGGUGGCUCUUUUUCCACUGGAGGUCCUGGAAAGGGUAUGUAUUCAAGAUUAUUCUUAAAUGUUUUAAAUAGUUAUAAUUUUAUUGAAUCAUGUAUGGCCUUUAGUACUCAACAUUCAGAUACUGGUCUUUUUGGAUUAUAUUUUACGGGAGACCCAUCAAAUACCUCUGAUAUAAUAAAAGCUAUGGCAUUAGAAUUUCAAAAAAUGGAUAGAGUUACUGAUGAAGAACUUAAUAGAGCAAAGAAAAGCUUAAAAAGCUUUAUGUGGAUGAGUUUAGAAUAUAAAUCAAUAUUAAUGGAAGAUUUAGCUAGACAAAUGAUGAUUUUAAAUAGAAUAUUAACAGGAAAACAAUUAUCAGACGCUAUCGAUUCAAUAACAAAAGAAGAUAUACAAAGAGUUGUUCAUAAUUUCUUGAAAACAAAACCAACAGUUGUUGUUUAUGGAAAUAUCAAUUAUUCACCUCAUUAUGAUGAAAUAUGUAACAUAUUAGCACACAAAUGA